GCUGCUGGAGAUGCCCAGUUACCGAUGAUCCUUAACGAAGAGCGCUGAUGAAUGGCACCGGAGGAGGCAUGGUUAGGAGCCGAGAUAUGAAGCGACCCCUGAGUCUGUCCCACCCUGCUGAGAACAGGAUCCACCUGGUCGAGACGGUGGGGAGGCAGUCGGAGCAGCGCACAAAGCGGGAGAAGAAGCAGCAGUCGUUCACGCUGUGCGAGGUCUGUAACAUCCAGCUCAAUUCAGCCGCCCAGGCGCAGAUCCACAACAAUGGCAAAUCCCACCAGAAACGCCUCAAGCAGCUUAGCAAAGGGAAGGUGCCGACGGGCCCAGGUCCAUCUGGGCACAGCAGCCCCCUCCUAGCAUCGCUGUCUAUUCCUGGGCGACCCCUACACCCGCCACUGGACAUCAAGCACUUCCUGACGUUUAGACUCAAUGGGACGUCCCCACUCAACCUAUUCCCCAACUUCAACACGAUGGAUCCCGUGCAGAAGGCCGUGAUCAAUCACACCUUUGGCGUCCCCUCCCCGCCCAAGAAGAAGCAGUUCAUCUCCUGCAACAUCUGCCACCUCCGAUUCAACUCCGCGAACCAGGCUGAGGCGCAUUACAAAGGCCACAAACAUGCCCGGAGACUCAAAGCCAUAGAAGCUGUGAAGAACAAACAGAAAACAGCAGUGGCCCCCAGCCGGGACUUCUCGGCCACCCUGGACGUGAGCGGGGAUCCCCACAGCACAGUUCAAGCCAACGGCCUCCUGGGACUGAAGGAGCCGGACGCUGAGUGUAGCAGUCUCAUGCUGACGCCCACCUCGGAGGAGUCCUCGGCUGAGCUGUCCGGCAGCGUCCCAGCCCUGGUCUCCCCGCCUGUUUCGGAGCUGUCAGAGGGCCCUUCGGAUGCUGCCAGCGUGGCCUCUUUGCCAGCGCUGGGAGCUGAGACGUCAGCCACUGAAUCGGGCGGCAGCAUUGGUUCCGCCCCUGACAGAGACAAGGAAGGGAAGAAAAGCAAGCAGCACCUCUACUGCCCCACCUGCAAAGUGACGGUGAACUCGGCAUCCCAGCUGGAGGCUCAUAACACGGGGGCGAAGCACAAGUCUAUGCUGGAGGGUCAGACCACCCCGAUGCGGCGGGGCCGAGGCAAGGUCAUCCCCAGGGUGGGGCACAAGUCCAAAAGAAUUGGCAACAAGGGCAGCAUCAACAUCCAGAACAAGGCGUUCCAUUGCCAAGUGUGUGAGAUCUACGUCAACUCAGAGACCCAGCUCAAACAGCAUGUGGGCAGCAGGAGACACAGAGACAGGCUUGCUGGGAAGCCACCCAAGCCAAAAUACAGCCCAUACAACAAGCUCCAGAAGAAUGCUGUCCUCGCAGUGAGUAUUCUAAAGUCCAAGCUGGCUUUGCAGAAGCACCUCACCAAAACCUUGGCUACCCGCUUCCUCCCAAGCCCCCUCACCACGGCAGCCAUGUGUGCCAUGCCUGGCCCACUCACCCUCAGACCAGCCACCGCCACUGCCCUCUUCCAGGCCCCGCUCCUUGGACCAGCGCUCUUCCGAACCCCGCCCGGCCACGUCUGCGCCACGCCUGGCCCCAUCGUCUUCGCCCCCUACUAGAGCUUGCGCCCUCCAAGGCUCCAUCUCUCCCGGACGCGGCGAAGAGCCGGCCAGCUGUGCGGCAAGGACAGGGCUCUGUUCCCGUUGAAGGCAAACGAUAUGUUGUAACAAUUGACCGAGGUUCUUUCCCUCCCAGCCGGUUCCCACUGGGCUUGGAGAUUCCCCAGCUGACUGCUCUGCCCGGCCUGGCUGUACCCCCCAUUACCCACCCCCAGUGCCCCAGUUGGUUCUGCCGCUCACUCACACAGUAGCUCUCCAAAAACACAGCUCCAUGUCUGCUUUGAUUGGAUUCAGUUAAAGGGACAGUGCUGGGAUCUCCCAGGCCCACUGAUGCCCGUGGCCAGCGGGUCCUCCUUUUUGGCUAGUGAGUUUUUCAUUCAUCCCCUUCCCAGUGAUUAAUUUAAACCAAACCAGGGAAGGGGCCUGGCUGACUCUCUGGAAAGGGAGGGCCUUUUUCUCAGGCUUUCUGGUUCAGAGCCAGCCCAGGUUCGUGACGACCCCCAGAUCGUAGGUCCAGCUGGAAGGAGUGCGUGGUGGAUCUCAGGCCAGUUUCCAGUGGGAAAAACCUCCUCAGCACAAAAUCCAGCCCCCAGUUUCCCACCUGUAGCAGGGAGGAUUCAGCCUAAGCCCUGCAUGGGACGUGAGGCCUGUGGGCAGAGAGCAGCGUGAUGGAUGAUUGCUCUGCCUACUGCCUGACCCACCCUGGGUCUGAGGCUGCAGGGAGCGUGUUACUCUCCAGCUCCUUUAGCCUGGACCAUGUCAGCAGCAGGAAAUCCAGAGGAGACACCGGCAAACAGGGGCAGCGUCUUGCCAUAGAACAAACAGCGAACCCCAAGGCUCCUUGCUAGCAGAGACCUCUUUCCUGCUCACUUCAGAAAGCACAUUAUCGUGCAGUGGAGGACCAGGCAGACUGGAUCGGAGUGUUGUCUAGAGCUGUGGUUUUCAACCUUUCCUCAUUUGUGGGCCCCUUUGAAAAUCGGAUCUAGUCUGAAGAUGCCCAGGGGUCCGUGGACCACAGGUUGAAAACCAGGGGUCUGGUGGUUAGACAACAGGACUCCUGGUUUCUCCUCCCAGACCUGGGACAGGGCGUGAGCCUGUGGCUGGAGAAGAGGACGUAGGAAGUCAGGACACCUGGGUUCCAUUCCCAGUUCAACUAAGGCCUGGAGUUGAUGGGCUAGAGAACAGCCCUUCUCCUUGCCAUUUGUUCCCAACUCUGCCAUUCAGUCCCUUGCGCCACGGUGCUUCACCUCUUAGUGCCUCAGUUUCCCCCCAUUAAGCAGGGGAUAGCUCUGACCCUACCUCGCAGGGAGGCUGAGUGAAGGGUCACAAAGCACUUUGUCCUUGCGUAACGCCUUUUCUUGGAGAGCUGCAAAGCUUUCCUCCUGUUAACAGGCCAGCAGACAAAAUCCAGUCACCCAGUCCCAUUGAAACUUGGCACUUCCAAGGAAACUGGGAGGAUUCCGUUAGUUCAGCCUGACAGCCCAGAAUAAAAGAGCAGGUUCGUUUAACAAGCACGUGGCAUUGUCUCUCCUAUGCUCUGAGUGCAGCUUGCAGACUCCAGGGCCUGCGCUAGGCGUUAUGGGGCAAUGGUUUUGUUUUUCACUGUGUUAAAAGACCAUGCAAUGACCUGGUCUGAACAGUUACCGAGGCGCUACGGACCCCCCCCCCCCCCCCGCGCGCACUGUAAAUAGAAAUAUGCAGGAAGGUUGCGACCCACAUGGACCUUGUGCUGGAGUGACAACCCGUCCCAGUCUAUGCAAAUCCGAAUGGAGUAGCCCCGUCGGUGUGGUAACCUGGCUGCGUCCUGCGGUGGUGCCUGUUCUGUCUGCACAGCGAGGAAUGUUGUUCCGAGCAGAAACUGAACCACGCACCUCGGUGCAUUGUGCACACGCUUCCGAGAGCCCCCUGGAGCUCUCUGCUGCUCCCCAUGGCACAGGCUCUGAGCCCCCGGCGGAGGCUGCCCUCCAAUCUGGGCAGCUAGCAAGCCCCAUGCACAAGCCCACCUGGCAGAUGUCGUAAC